CUUCCUCCUCCUCCUCUUGUGAAGAGGUCUGCAUUCUAACAAGAAGUUCACAUUCACAGUUGGUUAGGGCACUAGCCAUUCUCUGUUGUAAUAUACCCUGAGGCUUCCCAGGACGAUCCUUAAGUUCCUCCUGUCACUCCAGCCCCUGUAUCCCUUUGUUCUGAGCCUCAGUUUCUCCACAUAACUCUCACAGGUUUUAGAAUGCCUUCCCUGCUCUAACUCUGGCAAGCCAAGAAACACACAUCUGUGAGGGACUACCUGUGGCUGAGCCUCUGUGCACCACACCCGGGCUCAGCCUCUAAGCCUUUACAAAUCCCACAAAUUCUCCGAGCUGUAUAAACACAUUGACUGGGCCUUGGCCAUUCCUCCCCCACCUUCUGCUCUUCUGUUGCACCUGGCCAUUUCUUCAACACCACGCCUCUGCUUGGCAUCCCCUAUCGAUCCCUCCAAUCCUGGCCGAUUCCCUCAGCUCUCCACCAAACACCUGCAUCCCAUCCCAUCUCCUGGGGUGGGGACUUGUUUCCCUUAUCAGCCCACCCGCCUCCUGGGUUACACAUUUCUUUGAACGGAAUUCCUGGCAAGAUAGAGCAGUGACUGUCAGCUCCGAGCCUGGAGUUUAUUGGACAGGGCGUCUUCGGGGCUGUCUCAGAGACAGGUAAAGGGCAAUCAAGCAGGAAAAAAGUAGAAAGGACCCCAAAAGAAGGAGAAACGGGUGACUAAAGAAUUUAGUAUGUGACUGAAAGUUGGGAAGAGGAGAACAGCAUAAAGACCAGUGGAGAAGAGUCAGACCACAGGCCUGAGGUGAAAGCAAGCACAGACCUGGCAGUGACCCAGAAUCGUCCUUAACCUCUGCUGAAGAUCUGCAGAGGUACAGGAGCCCUGGAAGUCUGACUCUUGAGACUGGAAGCUGAAUUGAGGAAGUCCAGAAGGGCCUCUGAGAAGAGGCUCAGGGCUCACUUGGCCACGAAGAACCCAUAGGUGGCACCCUAGCUUCCCAGGGACUGCCUGAGGCCAGCAGGAAGGGGACACGAGUCAGAGAGAGGACAAAGGUGGAUGCUGGCUCCAAAUCUCUAGGCAGUGAUAUCAUCCCACCAACUCCGCUGUUUUUUUUUUCUUUCUUUGUUUUCUGGUAUCCUUGAGCUCAGGAUCUUUGCCUAGGCUGGUGACUGUGAAAGCCUCCACCUCCAAGAAGACCCUCUCUGGAAAACUUGACCUGUGGAGACAGGACAAGUACCCACCAGCUCUUCUGCUAAAAGCCACUUUCUAAUCUUGGAGGUGUUCGAGGUCCAUGGAAGUCCCUGUGUUCAAGGAAUUGUGCCAGAGUCCCCCAGCAUCAGGAUCUCCAAUCACCACCUCUGUGUGCCCUCUGGGUCCCCAGAAACUCCAGAAAGAAAAUAUACCACCUUCUGCUGGCAUCGCCCCAGGCACACACAGAGUGUUCCUCCCAGCAGCCUUCAGAUCAGGCUAUGGCAGGUCCUACCAUCCAGAGGGACAUAGAGAAGAGUUCAGGAUACUGUGAGGCCCCAGAGAAGCUGGGCCUGUCUUUCUCCAUUGAGGCAAUUCUGAAGAGACCCACAGAAAGAAGAAAUUUGCCCAGACCACAAAGCAUUGGUGGUGGGGACUCCAGGCAGACAACUACCUCAGGUUCUAAGUUGGAGAAGCCCACACAGGAUCAGCCCCAAGAGGAAAGAAAGAACAAGCGGAGAGUUCGGACUACCUUCACCACAGAGCAGCUACAGGAGCUGGAGAAGCUCUUCCACUUCACCCACUACCCCGACAUCCAUGUCCGGUCCCAGCUGGCUUCCAGGAUUAACCUGCCCGAAGCUCGAGUACAGAUCUGGUUCCAGAAUCAGAGGGCCAAGUGGAGGAAGCAGGAGAAGAGUGGGAGCCUCAGUGCCCCACAGCAGCCUGGUGAGGGUCCUGUACUGACGCCCACUGCUCUGCCCACAUUGGUGCCACCCACAGAAUGCUACCUCCUCUCUCAGACUCAGCUCGCUUCAAGCUGGUUCCCUGCCCAGAUUCCCCUUGUCCCAUGGCACCCAUGGGACCUGCAGCCCCUGCCUGGCCCUCUCACCCAGCAGCCUUGUGUCCCUACCUUCAUCCUCCCACCCCCAAACCCCAAGUGGGGCAGCAUCUGUGCAAUGCCAACAUAAGGACUGGUUUCUCUCUUCCCAAGCAAGCAACUCUCCUCCCUCAGUGAUGGCCGACAGCCCUGGACCUCAGAGAAAAUCACUUCCACAGUCCAUCAAUGGCCCCCAGCUGAGGAAGCUACCCAGAGCUUGCCAUUAAAGACUGUACCAGCCAUGGAUGACAGCCAAGGACAGCACACAUCUCACCAAGUCAGUCUCCUAGUGCAAAAUCCUGGCUGACUAAGGGCUGGGAUGAAGCUCAGAAUAAGCUGCUCUCUUCUCACCCCUCAUCUAUAACUAAGCAGCCAUUUCUAUGGACCCCUUUGCCCCUUAUUUAAGAGAGCCUUGGGAAAUACAAGGCAUGGGGGGAGGGCUGCACAUUCAUGAACCCAUCCGUAUACUCGUUCACAAUGUCCACACUGAACGCUGAGCACUGUGCACUUGCAAACAGAUGUUGGGCUACACAGGUCAGAUUCUGCCCAGGUUAGCUGAAAGGUGAUCCUAACCUCUGCCUGCAAAUGGAUGUUGGUGACAUUGGACUCAGCUAGUGUCUAGCACAUUCCUAAUGACUUUGAUAUGAAAAAAAAAUCUCAGAAUGGGAGAGAAAUAGAAGAAAUUGUUCUUAAUUUAAAAGA